UAUCACUGAGCUACCAGUGUGACUGAAAGGUGACAAAAGGAAAGAAAGGACCACCACACUAACUUUCCUCUUCCUUCGUUCACCCCCAAAACAAACAACAAACAAACCCUACUAUACUAUACUAUACUAAACCCACGCCUCCUUCCUUCACCAUAACCCUAAAACCCCUUCACAAUGUCAAUGGCUUAUUCCAUCACCCAUUUCCACAAACUUCCACUCCAUUCCUCUCCAAUUUUCUCUCCCAUUCCUCGCUUUCCCUCUAAUCUUUCCCUCCCAUUCCCCUCCCUUCUCAACAAAUCCUCUCAAAAACCUCUCUCCAUUUCCACCACCACCAACGCCGCCGCAACAACCAUCACCACCGCACCACCACCAUCACAACAACCACAAACCCAACCAAUACACGGAAAAAGAACCGAUAUAAAAAAGAUCCUUAUCCUCGGCGCAGGACCAAUUGUAAUAGGUCAAGCAUGCGAAUUCGAUUACUCAGGAACACAAGCAUGCAAAGCAUUACGCGAAGAAGGUUACGAAGUUAUUCUAAUAAACUCAAAUCCAGCAACAAUCAUGACAGAUCCAGAAACUGCUGAUAGAACUUAUAUCACACCCAUGACUCCUGAAUUAGUCGAACAGGUUCUCGAAUCCGAACGCCCCGACGCACUUCUCCCGACCAUGGGCGGCCAAACCGCUCUUAAUUUGGCCGUUGCGUUGGCCGAGAGUGGUGCGUUGGAGAAAUACGGAGUUGAGUUAAUUGGUGCUAAAUUGGAAGCUAUUAAAAAAGCUGAAGAUAGAGAGCUUUUUAAACAAGCUAUGAAGAAUAUUGGGAUAAAAACACCACCUUCUGGUACUUGUAGUACAUUAGAAGAGUGUAUGCAGAUUGCGAAUCAAAUCGAGUUUCCUUUGAUUGUUAGACCGGCUUUUACGCUGGGAGGAACCGGUGGUGGGAUUGCAUAUAAUCGCGAAGAUUUGAUGGAGAUUUGUAAAGCUGGGAUAGCUGCUAGUUUGACUAAUCAGGUUUUGAUUGAGAAAUCAUUGUUGGGUUGGAAGGAAUAUGAGCUUGAGGUUAUGAGAGAUUUAGCUGAUAAUGUUGUGAUUAUUUGUUCUAUUGAGAAUAUUGAUCCUAUGGGUGUUCAUACUGGUGAUUCCAUUACGGUUGCUCCAGCGCAGACUUUGACUGAUAAGGAGUAUCAGCGAUUGAGAGAUUAUUCCAUUGCAAUUAUUAGGGAAAUUGGUGUGGAGUGUGGUGGUUCUAAUGUUCAAUUUGCUGUUAAUCCUGUGGAUGGUGAGGUUAUGGUGAUUGAGAUGAAUCCUAGAGUUUCUAGGUCUUCUGCUCUUGCUAGUAAGGCUACUGGGUUUCCAAUAGCGAAGAUGGCUGCAAAGUUGUCUGUUGGUUAUUCUUUGGAUCAAAUUCCGAAUGAUAUAACUAAAAAGACACCUGCUAGUUUUGAGCCUUCUAUUGAUUAUGUGGUUACUAAGAUUCCUCGGUUUGCUUUUGAAAAAUUUCCCGGUUCUCAGCCAAUAUUAACAACACAGAUGAAAUCAGUUGGAGAGUCAAUGGCAGUGGGGCGAACCUUCCAGGAGUCCUUUCAAAAAGCUGUGCGCUCUCUAGAACACGGCCACGCUGGAUGGGGUUGUGGAGCGGUGAAGGAGUUGGACUAUGACUGGGAACAAUUGAAGUAUAACCUCCGGGUUCCUAAUCCGGAGCGCAUCCAUGCUGUAUAUGCUGCAAUGAAGAAAGGGAUGCAAAUUGAUGAAAUCUUUGAGCUGAGUUUUAUUGAUAGAUGGUUUCUCAGGCAGUUGAAGGAGCUAGUUGAUGUCGAAAAUUUCUUGAUGUCGAAUAAUCUGUCUGAUUUGACGGAUCUCGAUUUUUAUGAGGUAAAAAGAAGAGGAUUUAGUGAUAAACAGAUAGCAUUUGCAACCAAGUCCAACGAGAAAGAAGUCCGAAGUAGACGGCUAUCUCUUGGUGUUGUUCCAGCAUAUAAGCGAGUUGAUACCUGUGCUGCAGAGUUUGAAGCCAAUACUCCUUAUAUGUACUCAUCUUAUGAUUUUGAGUGUGAAUCAGCUCCCACUACAAGAAAGAAGGUUUUGAUUUUGGGUGGAGGACCAAAUAGAAUCGGUCAAGGGAUUGAGUUUGACUAUUGUUGCUGUCAUGCAUCCUUUUCUCUCCAGGCAGCAGGAUAUGAGACAAUCAUGGUGAAUUCAAAUCCCGAGACUGUAUCCACAGAUUACGACACUAGUGAUCGUCUCUACUUUGAACCCUUGACUGUUGAAGAUGUUUUGAACAUUAUUGAUUUGGAAAGGCCUGAUGGUAUCAUUGUACAGUUUGGAGGUCAAACACCACUGAAACUAGCUCUCCCUCUACAACGAUACCUAGAUGAACACAAGCCAGCGUGCGCCAGUGGGGAUGGUCAUGUUCGCAUUUGGGGAACAUCUCCUGAUUCUAUUGAUGUUGCUGAAGAUAGAGAGAGGUUCAAUGUGAUGCUUCAUGAACUACAGAUUGAACACCCAAAAGGAGGAAUUGCUAGGAGUGAAGCUGAUGCACUUGCCAUUGCAGCAGAAAUUGGAUACCCGGUUGUUGUUCGCCCUUCUUAUGUUUUGGGUGGUCGAGCAAUGGAAAUUGUAUAUAGCGACGAAAGACUUGUGACAUACCUUGAAACUGCUGUUGAGGUGGAUCCAGAACGCCCUGUCCUUAUUGACAAGUAUUUGUCUGAUGCCUGUGAGAUUGAUAUUGAUGCGCUGGCUGACUCGCAAGGCAAUGUAGUUAUCGGUGGGAUAAUGGAGCACAUCGAACAGGCUGGGAUACAUUCCGGUGACUCUGCCUGUUCUAUUCCCACAAGAACUGUUUCAUCUUCUUCCUUGGAGACAAUCAGGUCAUGGACUGAAAAAUUGGCCAAAAAACUGAAUGUGGUUGGGCUCAUGAAUUGUCAGUAUGCAAUAACUCCAUCUGGGAAUGUAUUUUUGCUUGAGGCCAACCCUCGAGCCUCUCGUACCGUGCCAUUUGUAUCCAAAGCAAUUGGCCACCCCUUGGCUAAAUACGCUUCCCUUGUCAUGUCUGGAAAGUCUCUUCAUGAUAUAAAGUUUACAAAAGAGGUUAUUCCUAAACACGUGUCAGUCAAGGAAGCAGUUCUUCCCUUUUCAAAGUUUCCAGGCUGUGACAUCUUUCUAAGUCCUGAGAUGCGUAGUACUGGUGAGGUCAUGGGUAUUGACCCUUCAUAUAAUAUUGCAUUUGCUAAGGCUCAAAUUGCUGCUGGUCAGAAGUUACCACUAUCUGGUAGUGUGUUCCUUAGCUUGAAUGACUUAACAAAGCCUCACCUUGAGAAGAUUGCAAAGGCUUUUAUUGAUAUUGGAUUUCAGAUUGUUGCUACUGCUGGAACAGCUCUUGCUCUUAAAUUCUGCAAUAUCCCUGCUGUGCUAGUAUUGAAGCUACAUGAAGGAAGGCCUCAUGCUGGUGACAUGAUAGCUAAUGGAGACAUUCAGCUGAUGGUUGUAACUAGUUCAGAUGACGCACUUGAUCGUAUAGAUGGUCUGGCUCUGAGGAGGAUGGCUUUGGAUUACAAGGUUCCUAUUGUGACAACAGUUAAUGGUGCUCUGGCAACUGCCGAAGCAAUAAAGAGCUUGAAGUCCAAUUCUAUCAAAAUGAUUGCUCUUCAGGACUUCAUUGUUGAUGAACUUCAGGAGUGACAAAUUUUGCAGACAACGAUUUUUCCGAAUCGAUUAGAUGAUAGAUACUAAUUAUUGUGAGCUUGUACAACUUGUUAGAUUUGGGAGUGGCAGAUGAUUUUCUAUGGGAUGUUUUUCAUUUGUAAGGGAAAAUGACCAAAAGAGGUAUGAAUGGUCAUAUAAUCUCUGUCCAGACUCCUCAUAAAGCACUCCUGAUAAAGCGCUCGUGCUCGUGUAGAAGUUUUUGGAGUGUGGUGGAUUUCUACCGCGUAAUAAUUAUUUUCAUUUUUGAAAUCAUGCAACUUCCAUUUGAUUCUUGCUGCUUAGCCAUUUCAUUCAUUUGGAAAUCCCAAACCAAUGAUGCCAAUCAUUAUAAUUAUAUGUUUAAUUGUCUGCUUAUCCUAAACAUUGUGUUUGAACUUUGAAGUUGGUAAUUUUAUGGUUUUAACUUAAGAUCA